AUGCCCGAGUUAAAGAAAUAUUUGGGUAAAGUCUACCUAUGGCAAUAUGUCCCUAGUCUCGUUGGAUCAAUCAUCUUCACGCUUCUCUUCGCCCUUGCAACAAUAGCCGUUGGACAUAAAAUGCACAAGUCGAAAACUCGCUUCUGUCUUCCCUUCUUCCUCGGUGGCGUCUUCGAAGUACUGGGCUACUUCUUCCGAGCUCUAUGCUACAACGCCACCGACUCGCUCCCUCUCAACAUCAUGCAAGCCCUCUUUCUUCUGCUACCACCCGUGUUCUUCGCAGCGACGCUAUACAUGGUCUAUUCUCGUUUAGUCCGGGCUAUCGGUGGAGAAAGCUGUUCUCUCAUCUCUGUUCGCUGGACGACUCGGCUUUUCGUUCUUGGAGAUGUUCUCACGUUCAAUAUCCAGGGCAAUGGUGGUGGAUUGCUCGCGAAUGCGGAUCUGGUUCACAUCGGAAACAUCAUCGUUAUUACCGGCCUUAUCGCCCAGAUCCUACUCUUCCUUGCCUUUGUAGCCUGCUGCGUUGUUUUCCAUCGAAGGUUCAGGGUUCAUUUGAGGCACACUAGCAUGCCAGUUGCAAUCCGUUGGGAGGCAUACCUGAACAUGCUUUACUUCACAUCAGCUCUCAUUCUAGUUCGAAAUAUCUUUCGAGUCGUUGAGUUUGCGAUGGAUAAGGAGGGAUAUUUGCAGCAGAAGGAAUGGCCAACUUUUACGCCCUCCGAUUCAGCCAUUUACCAGGAUGCAAUGCGCAAGGCUGACUGCAAGUCUCAACUGACAGCAGCUGAAAUGUCCUCCCCGCACCAAACUUGGCUUCUUCAGCUUCUUCAAAUGGACCCUCUUUCUAUCAUCAGCGGCUGCGCCGGCCUCAUCACGGCGAUCGGCAGCUUGAGUGUAUCGAUUAAUACCUUUGUGCGAAGCUGUCGAGAGGCCCGCAGCGAUUUAGACAGGGUAUCGCGCGAGCUUCAUUCGCUCCAGACAGUCCUUGAGCUCAUUGAAGAAGACGCGAAAGAUGUCACGAAGCCCUUUCCACCGACAAUCCAACACCAUGUAUCGGGAAUCGUCACAAACUGUGGCUCCGUGGUUCUCGAGGUCGAAACGUGUAUAAAAAAGUAUGGAGAUGGACGGAUAAAGAGCAGAGUUGCUUGGACGAUUAAUGGCCAAGGCGACAUGGAGAAGCUGAGGCUCAGCUUGGAAGCUCACAAAUCAGCCCUGGAACUAGCCCUCGAUAUGCUCUCUCUGUCACUCACGAAAGAUAUCAAAGCCGAUACGACGGGGAUUCGCGAAGAUACAGCUGCUAUCAAAGAUGACACUACUUUAAUCCUACUGCAAAUUGAGCAGCUUCAAGCUCGAUUACCCGACACUGCUGCUGCUCCGAAUGACUAUCUUCUUCAACGGUUUCUCGAGGAUAUGGCGACAUAUACUGAGUCGACUCUCGAUGCAAAUGCUUCCUGUAGUGAUGGGAUGAGCUCUAGAGCCUUGUCUAUCGUAGAUAAGCACGAUGAAAGCUCUUCCAAAUCUCUACAACAUGAUCUAUCAAUCUUAGCAACCCGGCACUCAAGCGCCUUGGAAGCCAACUCAUUGCCGGGCCGAGUAGACGCCUCCAGAAACGCUGUCAAACAUCUUGCGUCUUCAAUACCUCUCGAUCAAGGUCGUCUUCAGCAUCCGAUACCAACAAUCGAAGAAAUCCCCCAUCGCCCAAAGGGACCCGGUCCCGCAUCUUCUUAUCCCAAAUACUCCUACGACAAAGAAGUUGCGCUCGACAUUGAUACUCAAGCACCUGGUUUGAACUCCCUGGCAUUGGAUUCUAGAAAUGAAGAAACGCAGUAUCGAGUCGCACCUUCGCCUAGGCGAGCCCAAAGGAAAUCCGAACUUUCCGAAUUCGCGCUGCUUGACGCUUUUGAUCCUCUAUGGCGCAAGCACUAUGGCAGCUAUCUCCAGCGCAAUGGACUAUCAAAUGACGCGAUCAGAGAAAAUCAGGAGUUUGUCCUCGGUAUUUUGAACCAAGCCAAGAAGGGUAAGAUGCCAUCCUGGCCCCAAGAGAACUAUCCAUCGCCACCAAUGAACUAUAUCCGGGUGGAGAGUGACCGAGGUCAGCCACCGCCAUUGAUACCUGCUCCCCAGCAAUCCAAAUCCCUCAGCUCGACUUCUCAUCGAUGGCCUCAACAAUUGAUGCCGUAUAAGAUUGCAAGAGGACAUGAUGAUGCUAUCACAUCUGCGUCCAAGGCAAAAGACUUUUCCAGUCAAGAAGGGUCCCAUCUCGAAAGGUUUAGAGGCAAUGUGGUCGUUGAUAUACCAGUACCCGACAGUAUCCUUGCCCGUAUUCCUCAGUCUUCUACCCUAGAACGCAACGAAUUCACACAUUCAAGGUUCAGCUUCGUUACUUGCCCACCAGAAGAGUUUGGAGAUCAGAAUUAUACAUUGAGGGCCACACUAUUUGCUCAGCCGCGACAAACGCAAUUCAUUUUAGUCGUGCAAAUAGACCCUUACGAUAAGGAUUUUAUCCGGCGCUGGGAUCUAAUUCACGAUUCCAUCGUAUUUGCCCAGAAGAACUUUAAGAAGCUUGAGGCUAAUAGAGGCGCGCAUGAUUUCUGGAAGCGAGUUGUUGUCCAUUUACACCUACCCCAUGGAAGGGAAUGGGGACGCCGUAGCCUCGAUCAUCCAUUGGUUGUGUUAGAGGCAAUUACAGGGAAUCUGACAGUCAGCGGCAAACUCACACAAAUAGGCUCUGAGCAUCAUGAGUCUAUAGACAAGGACUCGUCAGAAAUUGGAGGGCACCCGGUUUACGCCACCAUGGCAGAGGUAUGA